AUAGAUGAAAGCACGAACUGUCUUGCUGUGACACCAACAGAAGCAUCGAAUAAUGGAAUCUCAACCAGAGCCAAAUCCGAAUCCAGACCCUACCCCUAAUGCUCCAUCUUUCACCGACAGAAUAUCCAUCAAGAACCUAGUGAACCAGUUUAACGACAGUAGUAUAAUAAAAAGGAAGAACCUCAAGAGGCAGUACAGCAACCAUAGCAAUAACAGCAGUGAUAAUACCAGUAUAGUCAACCAUGGUGGUAACAACAGCCAUAGCGAUAACAAUUUUAUACAGGAAGACGACGAUGUUAUAGCAGCAGUGCAAGCUUUAGACCAGUUAAAGAGAUCGGGAUCUACUUCGUCUCAGAGCAGCAACGAUUCUCGUACUAUGUACCAAAAGAGUGUCAAUAGUACCGUUGAUAGUGUUGAGCAUUAUAGUGAUAAUUAUAAUAAUAAUUAUGGCCAUGUUCAUAAUGAUAGCAGCAAUGAACAUAGUAGUAGCAAUUACUAUUCAAAUAGCUCACUUCAGAAUUUAUUACAGAAUAACUAUGGUAAUAUGAAUAUGAACAUGAAUAAAGAUGCGUUUUUCAAGAAAGUAAGUAAAUAUUACAAUGCAUCUAAAAACUAUUCCACUACGUUUAAAAACAGUGCCGAGUUUAUUGAAAAGAAGACCAGACCUGUUUUGAUGAAAUAUAAGCAACAAAAUUUCAAUAACAUUAGCAAUAGUAUGAACAAUAAUAUAAACAACAGCAUGGAAAAUAGGGAUGAUCUAAGCAAGAUGAAUCAUAUUAAUGAUGGUGAUAAUAAUAAUAAUAAUAAUAAUCAAUCUUUACCAUCAUUUACUGAAUUUUUUCAGUCCAAAUUGAGUAACAAUGGAUUCAAUAAUUGGAAUAAUGGGAAUAGUGGGAAUAAUAAUAUAUCAUUUUUUAAUAAUCCGAAUUUAUUUAAUAAUAAAAACUUGUCAGAAUUAUCAAUUAAUUUUUCAAUUGAAUCUCAAAAAAAUUUAAAAUUAUUGUUAAAGGUUUUGAAAUUGGCCAAUAAUAGAUUGAAUAAUGGAGUUCAAAAUUUACAAAGGUUAAUAAAUGAGAAAGAGCAAAAAUUGUUAUCAACCAAAGUUGAUGACAAUCCAAGUGGUAAUUCAAAUGUUAGUUUGAGUGGGAAUUUAAAUGAUAAUUUAAAUGAUAAUGAUAAUGAUAAUGAUAAUGAUAAUGAUAAUGAUAAUGAUAAUGAUAAUAAAAAUUUAAAAUCCAGUUCUUCUAAUACUUUUAAUGCUUCUAAUUCUUUUAAUACUUCUAGUUCAUCUCAUUUGAUAUAUAAUAAUAUAAUAAAUAAUGUUAAAAGGAAAAAAAUUAGUGAUGAAGGAUUAAAUCAAGUUAAAAAGGAUAUUGUAAACACAGUUAAGAAAGCAGUUGGUGUUAUAUCAAAUUUUACAGGAAAUUCAUUGCCUGAGCCUGCGAGAUCAUCAGUAAGAGAUGUUUUAUUAACGUUGCCACAGAAAUUAGCCAAAAGUUUGAAUUCUCCAAUGACUGAGCCAUCCAGUCCAAUAAAUCUUAAUGAUGCCGUUACUACCACUAAUAGCAAUAAUUUUUUGACACCAGUGGGCUCGAAUAGUUCAAUAAAUGCAUUGAAUCGAGAUUGUGAAGGGAAUAGUGGCAGUACAAAUGAGAAUCAAGCUGUUAAUAAUGGGAAUAGUUAUAGUAGCAGCCACAUAAAUAUUAAUACAAUGAUUAGAAAUGAUGCUAAUACAAAGAUAUUGAUAUUAGCUAAGGAGUCGUUAGAUUCGUUUGCCAAUAUAAUCAAAAUCUUUGAUGAAAACUUGGAGAAAGCAGAAGAUUGGGUUGAUGUUAAGAAAUCAGAAAAGGAAGAAGAAUUGAACAAUUUAAGAAAAUCGAACCAAGAGAAUGAUGGUGUUGGAAAUGAAGAUGGGAAUGAAGAUGGAAAUGAUAAUAAUAAUAAUUAUAAUUAUUAUAAAGAUACGGAAAUUGACGGCAAUGAAGAUGCUGGAAAGCACCAAAAGGGUGAAAAGAAAACAGAUGAUACAGUUGUAAUUACGAAUGAAAUUGUGGGUGAUGAAGAUAAUAAAAUUCAGUUUGGCGGUGAAAAUUAUGAAAAAUUUAAUAAUAGCAGUGAUACGCUUAGACCUGAUUCGUGUUGACCCACAUUUUUUCUAACCAAAUGAAUUAAUUUUUGAAAUAUUUGUAGAAUAUAUUAUAUUCAUACUAUAUUCAUAUUAUAUUCAUAUUACAUCCAGAUCAUGUUUGGAUCAUGUUUGAAUCAUGUUUGGGACUACUUUUGAUUUAGAUUAGUUUACUUCAUACUAUUAUAUUAUAUCAAAUUAUACUAUUAAUAACUAAUACUAUACUAAUAUUACGCU